GAGCAGGACAGGUGAAGUCUCUGAGGGGAGCACAGCGAAAGAAAAACCUCUCGGGAGAUCUGCGAGACGCGUUUUGCCUUUUACAAACCAUGGACCGCCUUGAUGAUUGCUUUCAUACGGGAUUUGAAUAUCAGACCUAUCCGGAUUUCGGGUGUCAUUUACCCGCUUGUGUGUAUGCCAGCAGCCCCGAUAAUGAGACCCUUUACAACCCUUCUUUUGAGUGUUGUGACGAUCGGACAAAAUUGGAAUUUAUUUCUAAAGAGCAACCAUCCUGCCAGAGUGAACAGAUUUAUGGAGAAUCAGGUUUAGUGGAUCCAGUUUUAGCCCACGGAGAGACGCACUUUCAGUUUCCCUGGAUGAAGAAUUCAAGAACAAAUUAUGGAAUAAAAUCCCAGUGCCUAGGGAGCGAUCACCAGGGUGACCCGGAUGACAGCAAGAGAAGCCGCACAGCGUACAGCCGAGCGCAGCUGCUCGAACUGGAGAAGGAGUUUCUCUUCAACAAGUACAUUUCUCGGCCACGGAGGAUUGAAUUGGCAGCUAUAUUGAAUCUUACAGAGAGGCACGUUAAGAUCUGGUUCCAGAACAGACGCAUGAAGUGGAAAAAGGAAGCUAAGGGAGUCAAUAAGGUGACUCGGGAGAGAUGUACCAAUACCGUUUCUAAAAAAGAGCCAUCUGGAAACGAUUCCGUUUGGUCUCCUCUGCACAAACCGCACGAGGUGGCAUAACGAACGGCACAGCACUACAGAAAUGAGUGGACAUCUUAAUACAUGCUAAAGAACCGACACAGACUUCAUUUACGAAGCUAGUCAAGUCUGAAAAUUAUACUUUUCCCCAUGGAAAAUAUCUCACUGGACAAUUUUAUACUUAUUAGCGUUUAACAAACGCAAGCUCAUUGAAUUUCACUAUGGUGACAGUUUUAGGAAACGCAUUCAUUUUGAAGACUUUAAUAACAAAGGAAAUUUAGUUCUACACAAUUAGUUUAAUUUAUAGACUAACAUAUACUUUCCCAUUUCCGCUGCUAUUUAUGGCAGAGAAUGAGAAUUACAUUUACAUUCGAAAUGGCUUGUUCUCAGGUUUAACGUUCAACUUAAUGCGUCAGGCAGAGUUCCACAUCAGGCUUUAUAAUCAAAAUUUCUUGUCCUCACGUCUGUUCAGGAAGCUUUAUACUGUCGAUAUUUACGCUAUUCUGAAGCGUGCUUUCUUUAAUGUCUAUCGGUGCAUUUUCUCUCUCCACAUGAGUCUAGACCUUUUCAAUGUACCUUUUCCUGCUGAUUUUAUCGUCUUUUGAUCCCUUAAUGGUUCAGUACUGUAAUGGAAAUUUCCCUGUAAACAUUUCCUUCGGGGCUUGCUGUAACAGACGGAGCAGAGACUAAAUACAGAUUGAUAUACAGAACUUUAAUAACUUGACACCUUCGAUCAAAAGCACUAAAUAAUUAUUAUUGUAGAU